UCACGGAACCGGACGCGGGGAGCUCGGCGUGGAGGUCGUGGUGCGGGCGAUUGUCCUCUAAAGACUCAUGUUACCUGAGGAAGAAGCCCAGAAGAGGAGCAAGAGGAAAGAAAAGGAGUCAAGAAUGGCUGUUUCUCAGGAACAGUUGACAUUCAAGGAUGUUGAUAUAGAAUUCUCUCAGGAGGAGUGGGAAUGCCUGGACCCUGUUCAGCGGGCCUUGUACAGGGACGUGAUGUUGGAGACCUACAGGAACCUGCUCUCCCUGGACAUCUCUCCUAUACGUGUGAUCAAGAAAUUACGACUAAAAGUAAACACUGAUAGAGGAGAAGUAUUGCAAACAGUGAUGUUGGAAAGAACUGAAAGGAAUAAAAUGAAACAUUUUUACCUCAGUGAAAUCCAGGAAAAUACAUAUGACUUUGAGUCUCAGCAGAGAGAUGAGAUAAGAAAUGACAAAGGAACGCCUAUAUCCCAUGAUGAAAAUCCCACUGAUAAGAGAGAUGGACUUGGUGGGAGUGUUGCAGAAAUUAAGCCUAUUGAAAAUAGGCUUGUAUCAAGCUUUCGGGAUAACCUGCGUAUAUUUAAAAGUGAACAAAAAAUUGAUGAAUUUAAUCAAGCUGACAAGAAUAACAACAGCUGUGCCUCAUUUUCACCACUUCAAACAAUUUCUCCUAUUGUCCAAACAAACAUUUCUAAAACAAAUGGGAACGAUUUUAUCCACCCUUCAAUACCAACACAAGACCAGAGGGUACACAGGGAACAACCUUACAAAUGUAAUGAGUGUGGCAAAAACUUUCAUCAAGUCUCAAACUACACUCCACAGCAGAUCAUCCAUACAGGAGAAAAAAUACAUAAUUGUGAUAUAUGUGGCAAAAUGUUUAGUCAAAAUUCAGACCUUGCAGUUCAUCAGAGAAAUUAUACUGGAGAGAAACCUUACAAAUAUAACAUGUGUGGCAAAACUCUUAAUCAUGGCUCACAGAUCACUGGAAAUCAGGUACUCCAUGCAAAAGAGAAUUUAUAUAAGUGUGAUGUAUGUGAAAAAGUCUUUAGUCAAAAAGCAUACCUUGCAAUUCAUCAGAGAAUUCAUACUGCAGAGAAACCUUACAAAUGUAAUGUGUGUGGUAAAAUGUUUCAUCACAGCUCAAAUCAUAGGAGACAUCAGAGAAUCCAUACUGGAGCAAAACCAUAUAAAUGUGAUGUUUGUGGCAAAGUCUUUAAUCGAAAUUCAAUCCUUGCACUUCAUCAGAGAAUUCAUACUGGAGAGAAACCUUACAAAUGUAAUGAGUGUGGGAAGGUUUUUAGUCGAAAGGGAACCCUUGCCAGUCAUCGGAGAAUUCAUAGUGGAGAGAAACCUUACAAAUGUAAUGAGUGUGGCAAAACCUUUUAUCACAGCUCAGUCCUCACACGACAUCAGCUAAUCCAUAAAGGAGUGAAAUUAUAUAAAUGUGAUGUAUGUUGCAAAGUUUAUAGUCGAAAUUCAAAUCUUGUAAUUCAUCACAGAACUCAUACUGGAGAGAAACCUUACAAAUGCAAUGACUGUGGCCAGGUCUUUAGUCAAAAAGCAACUCUUGCAUGUCAUCAGGCAGUUCAUACUGGAGAGGACCCUUACAAAUGUAAUGUGUGUGGCAAAAUCUUUCAUCAUAGCUCGAACCUCAGGAAACAUCAGUUAAUUCAUAAAGGAGGGAAAUUUUAUAAAUGUGAUAUAUGUGGCAGAGUCUUUAGUCAAAAUUCAUACCUUGCAAAGCAUCAUAGAAUUCAUUCUGGAGAGAAACCUUACAAAUGUAAUGACUGUGGUAAGGUCUUUAGUAAAAAAGCAAUCCUUGAAGUUCAUCAGAGAAUUCAUACUGGAGAGAAACCUUACAAAUGUAAUGACUGUGGCAAAGUCUUUAGUCAAAAAGCCACCCUUGCAAAGCAUCAGGUAAUUCAUACUGGAGAGAAAUGUUACAAAUGUAAUGAAUGUGGCAAAACCUUUCAUCAGAGCUCAACCCUCACUAGACAUCAGAUAAUCCAUACAGGGGAGAAAUUAUAUAAAUGUGAUGUAUGUGGCAAAGUUUAUAGUCAAAACUCAGACCUUGCAAUUCAUCAGAGAAGUCAUAAUGGAGAGAAACCUUACAAAUGUAAUGACUGUGGCAAGACCUUUAAUUACAGAUCGAAACUCAGUAGACAUCAGUUAAUCCAUACAGAAGAGAAAUUAUAUAAAUGUGAUGUAUGUGGCAGAGUCUUUAGUCAACAUUCAUACCUUACAAGACAUCAGAGAAUUCAUACUGGAGAGAAACCUUACAAAUGUAAUGAGUGUGGCAAAACCUUUAAUGAUAAGUCAGCCCUUAGUCGACAUCAAAUGAUCCAUACAGGAGCAAAACCAUAUAAAUGUGAUUUUUGUGGCAAAGUCUUUCGUCGUAAUUCACACCUUGCAGGUCAUAAGAGAAUUCAUACUCAAGAGAGACCUUAUAAAUGUAAUGUCUGUGGCAAGGUCUUUACUCAAAAUUCACACCUCAGGAUUCAUCAGAGGAUUCAUACUGGAGAGAAACCUUACAAAUGUAAUGAGUGUGGCAAGGUCUUUAGUCAAAAUCCAACCCUUACAAAGCAUCAGAGAAUUCAUACUGGAAAGAAACGUUACAAAUGUAAUUAAUGUAGUAAGGUCUUUAACUGGGCAUCAAAUCUCACAAAUCACAAGAGAAUUCAUUCCAGACAGAGACCUUACAGAUGUAAUCAGUGUGGCAAAGCCUUUAACCACCAGUCACACCUCACUACACAUCAUAGAGUGCAUACAGGAGAGAGAGAAUAUAAAUGUGAUGUAUGUGGCAAGGUCUUUAGUCGAAAUGCACAUCUUGCAAAUCAUCAGAGAAUGCAUAGUGGAGAGAAACCUUAUAAAUGUAAUGAGUGUGGCAAAGCUUUUACCCAGUUUUCGCACCUUAGUAGACAUCAGAAAAUGCAUGCUGGGGAGAAACCACACAAAUGUAAUGAGUGUGGAAAGCACUUUACCCAACGUUCAAACCUUAUGGCGCACCAGAGAAUUCAUACAGGAGAAAAACCUUUUAAAUGUAAUAAAUGUGAUAAAGCUUUUGUUGAACGGUCACAACUUUGGGGUCAUGAGAGAACGCAUACUGGAGAGAAACUUUACAAAUGUGAUGAGUGUGGCAAAGCCCUUACAAGACAUUCAUAUCUUACUCAACAUAAAACAAUCCAUACUGGAGAAAAACCUUACAAAUGUAAUGAGUGUGGCAAAGCUUAUACCCAGUUUGCAAGCCUAACUAGGCAUCUGAAAAUACAUACUGGAGAAAAAUCUUACAAGUGUAAUGACUGUGGGAAGGCUUUUAGCAAAAGCUCAAACCUCAGGAAUCAUAAGAGAAUUCAUUCUGGACAGAUACCUUAUAAAUGUAAUGUGUGUGGUAAAGCCUUAAACUAUUAUUCACAGCUCACUAGACAUCAGAGAGUGCACACCAGAGAGAAACCUUAUAAACGUGAUGUAUGUGGCAAGGUCUUUAGUCAAAAUGCACAUCUUGCAGGUCAUCAGAGAAUGCAUACUGGAGAGAAACCUUGCAGAUGUAAUGAGUGUGGCAGAGCCUUUGCUCACCAGGCAGGCUUUAACAGACAUAAGAGAAUUCAUACCUGAGAGAAAUCUUACAGAUGUCUUAAGUGUGGCAAAGCCUUUACAAUGCGCUCAUACCUUAAAAGACACGAGAGAAUCCAUACUGGAGAGAAGCCUUACAAAUGUAAUGAGUGUGGAAGAGCUUUUACCCGGGCUUCACACCUUAGUAGACAUCAGAAAAUGCAAGCUGGAGAGAAACCACACAAAUAUGAGUGUGGCAAAGCCCUUACAAGACCUUCAUAUCUUACUCAACAUAAAACAAUCCAUACUGGAGAAAAACCUUACAAAUAUAAUCCUUGCAAAUGUAAUGAUUGUGGGAAAGCUUUUCGAGAGAGCUCAAACCUCACUAGUCAUCAGAGAAUUCAUUCUGGGCAGAGACCUUACAAAUGUAAUGAGUGUGAUAAAGCUUUUACCCAGUUUGCAAACCUGACUAGACAUCAGAGAAUCCAUACCAGAGAGAAACCCUAUAAAUGUAAUAUAUGUGGCAAGAGCUGUAGUCAAAAUUCAAAUCUUGCAAGUCAUCAGAAAAUUCAUACUGGAGAGAAACUUUACAAAUGUAAUGAGUGUGGCAAAGCUUUUUCUGAGCGUUCAAGCCUAACUCAGCAUAAGAGAAUCCAUACUGGAGAGAAACCUUAUAAGUGUAAUGAAUGUGGGAAGACUUUUAGGGGAAGCUCAAAUCUCACUAAUCAUGAGAGAAUUCAUUCAGGGCAGAGACCUUACAAAUGUAAUCAGUGUGACAAAUCCUUUAACCAAAUUUCACAUCUCACUAGACACCAGAGAAUCCAUACCGGAGAGAAACCAUAUAAAUGUGAUGUAUGUGGCAAGGUCUGUAGUCAACAUUCAAAUCUUGUAAUUCAUCAGAGAAUUCAUACAGGAGAGAAACCUUACACAUGUAAUGACUGCGGCAAAGCCUUUAUGGAACGUUCAAGCCUUUCUCAACAUAAGAGAAUCCAUAGUGGAGAAAAGCCUUACAAAUGUAAGGAAUGUGGCAAAGCCUUUAACCAGUCCUCUAAUGUUGUCAUACAUCAGAUAAUUCAUACAGGAGAGAAACCUUACAAAUGUAAUGAGUGUGGCAAAGCCUUUAAUGUGUGUUCAAGCCUUACCCGACAUCAAAGAAUACAUACGGGGGAGAAGCCUUACAAAUGUAAUGAGUGCGGCAAGGCCUCUACCCAAUUUGCUAACGUUACUAGACAUCAGAAAAUUAUUCAUGUGAGGCAGAAACAUUACAAGUGCAAUGAAUGUGGAAAAGUCUUUACUACAUCAUCACAUCUAAGUAGACACAGACAAAUUCAUACUAGAAGGAAACCUUUCAAAUGUACAGAAUGUGGUAAAGCCUUUAAUCAGAGAUCACAUCUUACUCUUCAUCAGCGAAUCCAUACUGGUGAGAAGCCUUAUAAAUGUAAGGAUUGUGGCAAAGCCUUUUCCCAAAGUUCAAGCCUUACUCGACAUCAGCGAAUCCAUACUGGAGAGAAACCAUACAAAUGUAAAGAAUGUGGCAAAGCCUUUAUUUGGUACAAAAGUCUUAUUCGACAUGAGAAAAUUCAUACUGCAGAGAAAGCCUAUAAAUGUACAGAAUGUGGCCAGAGCUUUCAUAAGAGAUCAAAUCUUACUGAACAUCAGCGAAUCCAUACUGCGGAGAAACCAGACAAAGGUAAAGAAUGUGCCAAAGCCUUUAAUAAUUGUUCAUAUCUUAGUCAACAUCAGCAGAUUAAUACUAGAGAGAAGGCUUAUAAAGGUACAGAGUGUGGGAAAGCCUUUAAGCAGAGCUCAAGUCUUACUCAACAUCAGCUAAUUCAUUCUGAAGAAAAGUCUUAUACGUGUAUAGAAUGUGGCAAGGCCUUUAGUUGUAGCUCAAAACUUACUGAACAUCAGCGAACCCAUACUGGGGAGAAACCAUACAAAUGUAAAGAAUGUGGCAAAGCCUUUACUCACAGCUCAUAUCGUAAUAAACAUCAGCGAAUUCAUACUGGGGAGAAACCUUACAAAUGUAUGGAAUGUGGCAAGGCCUUUAUUCGUAACUCAAAACUUACUGAACAUCAGCGAAUCCAUACUGGGGAGAAACCAUACAAGUGUAAGGAAUGUGGCAAAGCCUUUACACAAAACUCAAGUCUUACUAAACAUCAGCGAAUUCAUACUGGGGAGAAACCAUACAAAUGUAAAGAAUGUGGCAGAGACUUUAAUCAUAGCUCAAAACUUACUCAUCAUCAGCGAAUUCAUACUGGGGAGAAACCAUACAAAUGUAAAGAAUGUGGCAAAGACUUUGCUCACAGCUCAGAUCGUACUAAGCAUCAGCGAAUUCAUACUGGGGAGAAACCUUUUAAGUGUAGAGAAUGUGGGAAAGCCUUUAAUCUGAGCUCAAACCUUAGUACACAUCAGCGAAUUCAUAAUGAAGAAAAGUAUUAUAAAUGUAUAGAAUGUGGCAAGGCCUUUAACUGGCUUACAAGCCUACUUCUACAUCAGCGAAUUCAUACUGGGGAGAAACCUUUUAAGUGUAGAGAAUGUGGCAAGACGUUUAUUCGUAGCUCACACCUUACUGAACAUCAGCGAAUCCAUACUGGAGAGAAACCUUAUAAAUGUAGAGAAUGUGGCAAAGCCUUUAGUCAGAGCUCACACCUUACUAAACAUCAGAGAAUUCAUACUGGGGAGAGACCUUAUAAAUGUAGAGAAUGUGGGAAAGCCUUUAGUCGGAGCUCAAGUCUUAGUAAACAUCAGCGAACUCAUACUCGGGAGAAACUUUACAAAUGUGUAGGAUGUGGCAAGGCUUUUAAUCAGAACUCAGGUCUUACUAAACAUCAGCGAACUCAUACUGGGGAGAAACUACACGUAAAGAAUGUGGGAAAGCCUUUAAUCACACCUCACACCUUACUAAACAUUAGAAUUCAUACUGGGGAGAAAGCUUAUAAAUGUAGAGAAAGUGGGAAAGCCUUUAACAAUUGCUAAACACUUACUUGAUGUCUGAUGAUUCCUGGUGCAGAGAAACCGUAUAAAUAUACAGUGUGUGGGAAAGGCUUUAAGCAGAACUCUAACCUUACUCAACAUCAGAGAGUACUUACUGGAAAGAAACCUUACAAAUGGGAUAAGUGAUGAAAGAGGUUUGUCUGAAGUAUCCACUGUAAAAAACACCAGAGAGUACAUAUAGGAAGGGUAUUUGAAUGAUGUAAACAAUGUAGAAAUGUAUUUAAUCAAAAUUGAAAUCUAAGAGAAGGCAUACUACAAAUCAUUCAGUCAAUACCUCUUUUCUCUGAUUAGUGUCAAUCAGAAUACGACAGUAAGUCAUCAAUAGUUAUAACACUUGGAAAAUUGAUGUGGUGGGGAUCCCAAGAUGAAGGGCUGGAUGUUUGUACAGGUACAGUGAUUAUCACUCUAUCCUUGUUUAUAUUGACAUAAUUUGAAAACCAAAAUGAAUAAUUAAACUCAA